CACUACAAAGUUUGAGAAAAUCUGCCAGUUCUGAAAUGACCCGAAGCACUCGACAGCAGAUGGGCCCCGCCGCGGUGAGCUGCAUCUGUGCCCCGGGGUACACCGGCGACCUGUGCGAGGCGCAGAUCGCGGAGCCAGAAUGCGGGAUAGAAGAAUGUUCCGAAGGCUGCAAGGACGGGACUUCAUGUGACUGCGACCCCAAAGAGACAGACUUCACCACUGCACGCUUCGAAACAAGACUGCAAAUCGUGGACCAAGGAAAUGUCAACAUAUCGCAAGAAAUUGUCAAACAAAUAACGACCUAUUUAAGAGCAUCCAAUAUUACUUUAGAAGAUGAAAUUGAAGUGCUAAAUAUAAGCUCUGCUGACAUAAACGGCGCCCGCACAGUAUGGCUGCGAGUGUGGGGCGCGCGCCGAGAGGCGGGCGUGCUACGAGCGGCGCUAGCUCGCCUCGCUGCUACGAGGUCACGCGCCGACCGACUACGGCUGCUACCUGCUACGCUGCACUUCGACAUGCAGCCGGCACUUAGUUUGCAGGCGUUAGUAGUAAACCAGCGUCCAGACGUGUGGGAAGGAUCUGAGUUCAUCCUCAGCUGCAUGGCGUACGGCUCACCAGACACAGUCUUCUCCUGGUACAAAGAUGGAGUCAAAAUCAACUUCGAUGGCACCACCAGGGAUAUUUGGACCCGCACCGUAGCAGAAGACGCUCUCGGCAGACGCAUGUCGGUCCUAGGAGUGUCUGAAGCCCAACGUCCCGACAGUGGGAAGUGGUCGUGCUCGGCCGAUGACGCGGGCAGGCGAAGAUGUAGAGCCUUGAGACUAGCUGUGCUAAGACCACCUGAUAUACGCCUGGUGCCCUCUACGUUAACUGUCAACAAGGGUGACAACGUAAGCAUCACCUGCUUAGCCGGUGCAGGUAGAGUGCACGGAGCUUUGGGGUUCAGUUGGGCUCGGGAAAGAACUCUGCUACCGUUAGCUCCGGGAAGAGAAGUCUGGGAAGACUUGUACCCUGCUGGGAGUGUGCUCAAGCUUUAUAACGUCCAGAAAUCAGGAGAAUUCCGAUGUCAGGUCUCGUCUGUGGCUGGCACCAACGCAAAGGGCGUGACCAUGUGGGCCUUAGGCCUGAACGACGAGGCCUGCCAGACCGAGGCCUCUCAUGGCCUGAGGUGGCUCAAGACUGCACCGGGAGCACAUGCCUCAGCUUCCUGCCCACCAGGACAUACUGGGGAGACGACUAGGUUCUGCGAGCCUAAGACAGGACAACAUGGCGUGAAGUGGAAACUGCCAGACUUCUCUGGUUGUAUAGCUGACUCAUUGAAAGAUAUUUACGAACAGUUCAGCCGCAUAUCCUACGGCUACUCCUGGGAAAACGUGUCCCUGGUUGCUCGGCAAUACGGCGCCGUCCUUCGAUCUCUCCCAGUGCACCCAGGGGAGGGCACUAUCCCUCUCUUACACGCCAGGAACAUGCUACAUUACCUCCUUUCUGGUGUGGGUCGGCAGAAGGACAAGUUUGAAAGCGCAGAGCAUCUGUUGAAGAUUUACGAUACGCUGCUAAAACAUCCUGAUGCGUUUUUGGAUGAGGAAAAAGUCUACGACCUCCAAAACGCGGCAGUCGACACAGCUGGCAUGCGUAGCAAUGUAGACUUACGACUCCAAGAGCUUACCAUCAAGACCAAGCCAGUCCGGGAUGACAACGCAGCCCACUUUGACUUGUCGCCCACUGCUGGGACUGAAGAAUGGCAGCUGGCGUCCGUGGGUGUGGAAUUAGUGGGCAGGACGGGGAAUGCUUCUGUUGUUGCUGUGCAGUACCAUAAUUUGGCUGCUAGGCUGCCAUCCUUGAGGCGAUCCAUUGAGUUCAACCAGUCGGUUUCCAGGAACGGCCGCGAGAUGGAGUAUGUGCUGGCGUCGCAGCAAGUCCAGUUGUCGGCCAGCGGCGCAGGAGUUGAUAAGUCGUUACAGCAUACUGUCACUUUGCUGUUCACGCAUGUGAAGAAUUACAGUGCUGUUGCAUCAAAACUGGCCUGUGGACUGAGGACCGCCUCCGAACCAAGAGCUUGGAGCACGAAGGCUUGCGAAGUGCGAGUUCCCGAGCCAACUCAUGUUGCGUGUCGCUGUCGAGGACUCGGCACCUACGCCCUCUUUACCAUCGCUAGAUCUACGUUGACAGACGUAGAAAAAGACCUUCGGGGCGUGGUGAAGAUCACCGUAAGCCUUAGCGGGGCCAUGUGUCUAGCAGCGGCCGCUCUCCAACUGUUGAGUCUAGUUCCUGGGAGGAAGGCUAGACUGCCAGUGCUGCUCAAAGCGGCCACCGCUGGAACGCAUUCCGCUGCUAUGCUGGCACUACUUGAAUGUGAUACAAGACAGGAGGAAGCGUGUCCCGGCGCUCUUGGAUGGGUGUGCGCAGUGUGCUGGUGCGCUGGCUGCGCAGCGCUGUGCGCGCAGCCUCUACUGUUACAAGCAGAGCUGGCGGGCCGAGCGCAGCGGGCGCCCUCUGUCGGGCUACUAGCUGGCGUGUGCACCUUAUCAUGGCUAACAGCUCGGCUAUGGGGCGGCGCGCCGCUCCAGAUAGGGGCGGCAGCUCAAGCCGUAUGUGCGUGCGGCUGUGCUUUAUUAGCUGCGCUGUGUCUAGCGCUCGCUGCGACCGCUGCAGCGAGACUGAGGACCAUCACGCACAAAGUGCCGGUGGAAAGGAGGAACUAUUUGAAGGACAGCCCCAAUUUUAUGUACGCUACUGUGUCAGUGCACAGCUGCAACCCGACUGAGGACUAUCACCAUGCAAAGGUGCCGGUGGAAAGUUGGGAGGGACUAAUUUUGAAAGACAGUCCCAAUUAUAAGUACUUAGCGGCUACUGGUGGCAAGCCACGGCUGCAACGACUGAGGACUAUCACAAGAUACCGGUGA